UUGGGCUUAAUACUUUAGUGGAAAUCCAUCUGAAAGAGGGUGGGACUGGACGUAGGAGGAUUACACCACCUCUGAACCAGGAUAUAUUGUGUGUUGAUUUACUUUCAUUCAACAAAGCACACACCCAACACUUCUCACAAAAAGAUUAUAGUUUGCCAACAGUAUCCUAAGCAGUAAUCUUAAUUGAUCUUACUGCUUAUCCUACUGCUUAAUUACUUACUUUCAUUGAGACAACUUUCUCACAAAGGCCCUGCAACAUCACUACUAAAAAGUCUACUCAAAUUGAUCUCUGAAAAUCAAUUUGUUGCACAACUGUUGUCUCAGCAGUUCCCUCGUGACCAGCCAACUGCCAAGCCAACUGCUCUCAUAAACUUCCACUCCAGAUCAUCUCAGCACACUUCCUGAAAGCUCUAAUCACCCUGAGCAAGAUUAUAAAAUCAGUCUUUCCAUAUAUUCAUUUUUCCUUAAGCAAUUCACUCAGCAGUUCCCUAAAGACCACUCAACGGCCCAGACCACUGCUCUCAUAAACUCUCAAUUGUAAAUCAUUUCAGCACAUUUUCAUAAAGAUCUCAUCAUUCUAAACAAUAUUCUAUCUUUGCCUUCAUCAUACAGUAAAUCUCUCCUCAGUCGUUGCCUCCGCAGUUCCCUGCCAUCCAGCCAACUGCUCACUAUUUAAGUCCAAACAUCAUCCAAGCUAGAAAGUUGUCACACACUGAAUAUCUAGAGGUUAAAGACUUCCGUUGUGUAUCUAUAAAUCUCCCAAAAGAUUAUAGGUCAACUCAUCUAGAAGAGAAAAAUUGUUAAAGUUAAAAAAUAUUUAAAAGUCUAUUCACCCCCCCCAUAGACUUUUACCUCUAUCAGGGACCAUCAUAUGGUAACAUUCACCUUACUUUAAUUACCUAAAUAGGAGUAAAAGGUAGUCAAGAGUAACAAAUAGGAUUAAUAUUUGUGAGAAAUAUACCCUUGUAGCUUUUGAAAUGUUUUAAUUCAUAAUAAAAUUAUAAAAAUAAUAAAAAUCGUAAAAAAUAAUAAAAUUAAUAAAGUAUUUAUAAAAUUAAAAAUUUAAAAAAGUAUUUUAAAAAAACAAAUUAAAAAUAAAAAAGCGUAAAAAUAUAAAUCGUUGCCGCCUCUGCCAGACUGCCACCCCUGGAAAAAAUGCCACAUGCAUUAUUAAUGUCAUAUUAUUGACAGUUUCAAUGAAAUUUGGCAUUAUCAAAAAGAAAUAUGUCAUUUUCUUGACCUUUUUUACAACGGUCUGAGGUGGUGGUGCGGGGAGGAAGCUAGUGGAGGCAAUGAGAAAGACAUUCAUUUUUAUGGAUUUUUAUUAAUUUUUAAAAAAUAUGUUUUAAUUUUUUUUUUAUAUAAAUAUUUUAUUAUUUUUUAUUAUUUUUAACAAUUUUACUAUGAAUUAAAACAUUUCAUUAGGAAUUAAUACCCUUAGAGGUAUUUAGGGUAAAAAAAUAAUAUUUAGUGCUAUUUGUGAAUGAUUUAGGGCCGGAAUAAGACUGCUUUUUCGGUUGGACAAAUAAGUGACUAAAAAUAGAACAGAUAGUCGAAAAUACCCUCCUUUGUAAAGUUGAUUUAUUACACCUAAACCCUAAAUCAUUUUCCCUCUACCUCUCUCUUCAAUGCACUCAGCGGCUCACGCCAUCGACGCAACACUUAAGCUCCUUUGAAGAUGGCAUCAAAUCUUCAAUCACCAAUCCCGGUCUACGACCUUCUCUGCUUCAUGUGUAGGUAGCGCCGUCCAUCCAUCUCUGCCGCCGCCCCUCCAUCUUCGCCGCCUCCCCACUCUGUCUUCGUCGCCUGCCUCCGAUAGUCUUUUCCAUUGCACUUCCAUGCCAACUACCAAUCUUUUUCUUCGCUUUCUGUUUGAGAGCAAAUAGGGUAAAUCCGAGCGGGCAUGUGGCAGAGGUGGUGAACAGACGAGGAUAAUUCCGGCUAGGCUAUAGUGUCAUUGCAGCUGCUCGAUUGCAUACGGCUACAUUCCAGAUCUGGUAGGUUGGCUAGGUUUUGGGUUAGGCUGAUUAGGUCGUGCGGUGGUGGACGGGCUGGGGAUGGGUGAUCAGGGGUUGGGUGGGGCUUGUCGGAGCAAAUCAGGGCUGGGUGGGGCUGGUCGGAGCUGUGGUUGGGCUGGUCGGAACUUUGGCCGGGUUGGUCGGAGCCGUAGAGGGGGAAGAAGGCAGGUUGCAGCCUUCCGAGCAGUGUGUGAGGCUAGGGAUAAGUGGAGGAGGAUAGGGCGUUGGGGGAGGAGGAUAAGGCGUGUGGACAUGGGGAGUGUAAUGAUGCCGUGGGGCAUGGUCGUGUUGCCUGCGGGGCGGCGGCUAGUAGCCAGGAGAGCGGUGCGACGAGGGAGUGAGCAGUGGUGUAAUUGGUAAAUUUCUUUGAAAAUCAGAUCACUCGAAGGGGAGUAACUCUAAUUGAUACUCCCUCCGGUCUUAAAUAAACUUCACACUUUGACUUCACACAAAUUAAGGAAAUAAAUUUGACUUUAUUGUACUGUUGUGACACUGUUUGGCACUGUUUGACACUGUCUUACACUGUUUUGCACUGUUUUGAUGUAGAUAAUUUGCCAAAUAAGGAAGGGAGAAGAAGUAUGAAGUUUAUUUUGGACCUACUCAAAAAGGAAAGUGUGAAGUUUAUUUAGGACCGGAGGGAGUAUAUAUUAGUUAUUGUUGCUAGAGUAACUAUCAUUGGCGCCAAUAAGUCAUCGGAGAAGGCGGCAGGGUAAUUGGCGGCCACAUCAAGUUAUUGUGGCCAAAGUCCACGGUAGGUCACUGUGAAAGAGUAUGUAUCACUGUCACUGACAUAUGUGUCACUGUCACUGGACAUACAUGUUAUUGUCAAUGGGUAUAUGUGUAAGUGGUCACUGUGACAAUAGUUGACGUUGGUCACUGCACUUUUGGUCACUGUAGUAGGCUGUUGGAUUUGGGCUUAGUAACGGUGUAACAGCCCCUUUACUAUUUUUAUCACAUUUUUGGAACAUAUAAAAAAGUCACGUUUUGUCCA